GGGGGGUGGGUGGGGGCGCGCGGAAUAACCAUCGCUAAUAAGAAAGGAAGAAAGGAAGGGUGGGGGUUUUUUAAGAGACAGAGGCCAAGGAGAAUAAAAGGAGGCUGGGCUGCUUUGCAUUGAAGAUCGGGGCGCUAUUGAAAACCUUUUGAGAAGUGGCGUCUUCCACCCGCGCGCGCUUCCACCGGGAGAGCAUAUAUAUAUAUCUGGGAGCCGGGCAGCGGCUGCAAAGAGCGGCAGCGAGCCGGGGAGCGUCUCUGCGCGAAGGGCACUCUGCAAGCAAGAGGCAUGCUUGGCUCAAAGGGACCGCAGCUCACGGACUUCUCCUUACGGCUUCUCCUUGCCCUGUUAUGCUUGCGAGUCAAGGUGACCCUAACAUCAGGCCAGUUCGAGUUUGAGAUCAUAUCCAUGCAAAAUGUCAAUGGCGAAUUGCAGAAUGGGAAUUGCUGUGACGGGACCCGAAACCCAGCCGAUAAGAAAUGCACCAGAGAUGAAUGCGAUACUUAUUUCAAAGUUUGCCUGAAGGAGUAUCAGUCGAGGGUUUCCGCUGGGGGCCCUUGCAGCUUUGGGUCCGGAUCUACCCCAGUCGUCGGUGGGAAUACCUUCAGUUUGAAAUACAAUCGGAAUAACGAAAGGAACCGGAUUGUCCUCCCUUUCAGCUUUGCCUGGCCGAGAUCCUACACGUUGCUCGUUGAAGCCUGGGAUUACAGUAACGACAGUGUUAACGCCGACAGCAUCAUCGAAAAGGCAUCUCACUCUGGGAUGAUCAACCCGAGCCGCCAGUGGCAGAUAUUGAAGCAGAACGCAGGUGUGGCUCACUUCGAAUAUCAGAUCCGGGUCACUUGCGACGAGCACUACUAUGGCUUUGGCUGCAACAAGUUUUGCCGGCCGAGAGAUGACUUUUUUGGGCACUAUACCUGCGAUCAGAACGGCAACAAAACGUGCUUGGAAGGCUGGAUGGGUCUGGACUGUGACAAAGCCAUCUGUCGUCAGGGCUGCAGCCCCAAACACGGUUCUUGCAAAAUUCCCGGAGAGUGCAGGUGUCAGUACGGUUGGCAAGGUCAGUACUGUGACAAGUGCAUUCCUCACCCGGGCUGUGUCCAUGGAACUUGCAACGAACCGUGGCAAUGCCUCUGCGAAACCAACUGGGGUGGCCAGUUCUGCAAUAAAGAUCUCAACUAUUGCGGGACUCACCCGCCUUGCUUGAACGGGGGAACGUGCAGCAACACCGGACCGGACAAGUACCAGUGCUCCUGCCCAGAGGGUUACUCGGGACAGAACUGUGAAAUCGCGGAACAUGCCUGCCUUUCGGAUCCUUGCCACAACGGAGGAAGCUGCCUCGAAACCUCGACGGGAUUUGAGUGUGUCUGUGCUCCAGGCUGGGGGGCACCAACCUGCACACUCAAUAUCGACGACUGCUCUCCAAACCCCUGCGGCCAUGGAGGGACCUGCCAGGAUCUGGUCGAUGGGUUUAAAUGUAUUUGCCCGCCUCAGUGGACUGGCAAAACGUGUCAGAUUGAUGCCAACGAAUGCGAGGGCAAACCUUGUCUGAAUGCCAAUUCCUGCAGGAACUUGAUUGGCAACUACUAUUGCAACUGUGUCCCUGGCUGGACUGGCCAGAAUUGUGAUAUAAAUAUUGACGACUGCAUUGGACAAUGUCAGAAUGGAGGCACUUGCAGGGACUUGGUUAAUGGUUAUCGAUGCUCCUGCCCACUUGGCUAUGCAGGGGAUCACUGUGAGAGAGACAUCGAUGAAUGUGCAAGCAACCCUUGUUUGAAUGGGGGCCACUGCCAAGAUGAAAUCAAUGGAUUCCAGUGUCUCUGCCCUGCUGGAUUCUCUGGAAAUGUCUGUCAGUUGGACAUAGAUUAUUGCGAGCCCAACCCUUGCCAGAACGGGGCGCAGUGCUUCAAUUACGAAAACGACUACUUCUGCAGCAACUGCCCCGAAGAUUACGAGGGAAAGAACUGCUCGCACCUCAAGGAUCACUGCCGCUCGACUCCUUGCGAAGUCAUUGACAGCUGCACGGUUGCUGUGGCGUCCAACAGCACCCCGGAAGGCGUCCGCUACAUCUCUUCCAAUGUCUGCGGACCCCACGGGAAGUGCAAGAGCCAGGCGGGAGGCAAGUUCACCUGCGAAUGCAGCAAAGGCUUCACCGGCACCUACUGCCAUGAAAACAUCAACGAUUGUGAGAGCAACCCGUGUAAGAAUGGCGGCACGUGUAUUGAUGGCAUCAAUUCCUACAAAUGCAUUUGUAGCGAUGGCUGGGAAGGCACCUUCUGCGAAGCCAAUAUCAACGACUGCAGCAAAAACCCCUGCCACAACGGAGGAACUUGCCGAGACUUGGUGAACGAUUUCUUCUGCGAGUGCAAAAAUGGCUGGAAAGGGAAAACCUGCCACUCGCGCGACAGUCAGUGUGACGAAGCCACAUGCAACAACGGAGGGACCUGCUAUGACGAGGGAGAUGCCUUCAAGUGCAUGUGUCCUGCAGGAUGGGAAGGCGCCACCUGCAACAUCGCAAAGAACAGCAGCUGCCUCCCAAACCCUUGUCAUAAUGGCGGGACUUGUGUUGUCAGUGGAGAUUCCUUCACAUGUGUGUGCAAAGAGGGCUGGGAAGGACCGACUUGCACUCAGAAUACCAACGAUUGCAGUCCGCAUCCAUGCUAUAAUAGUGGGACGUGUGUGGAUGGAGACAACUGGUACCGUUGUGAAUGCGCUCCAGGCUUUGCAGGUCCCGACUGCAGGAUAAAUAUCAACGAAUGCCAGUCCUCGCCCUGUGCUUUUGGAGCAACAUGUGUCGAUGAAAUCAACGGGUACCGUUGUAUCUGCCCAGCAGGCCGCAUUGGCCCCAGAUGCCAAGAAGUUUCAGGAAGGCCUUGCAUCGGCAGUGGGCACAUUAUUCCAGAUGGAACUAAAUGGGAUGAUGAGUGUAACAGCUGUCAGUGUGUGAACGGAAAAGUCACAUGCUCUAAGGUCUGGUGUGGUCCGAAGCCUUGCUUGAUAAGCGCCAAAGGUCACAGCGAGUGUCCCACAGGCCAUACCUGCCACCCUGUCAAAGAGGACCACUGCUUCGUAGGUCCCUGCGACAACAUAGGCGAAUGCUGGCCUUCCAAUCAGCAGCCCGUGAAAAGCACGUGCAACUCCGAUGCUUACUAUCAGGACAACUGUGCCAACAUCACUUUCACUUUCAAUAAAAAGAUGAUGACUCCAGGCCUUACAACUGAGCAUAUCUGUAACGAGCUGAGGAAUCUAAGUAUCUUGAAGAAUGUGUCCGUCGAAUACUCCAUCUACAUCACGUGUGAACCGUCGCACUUGGCACACGAUGAAAUCCACGUUGCGAUUUCUGCCGAAGAUAUCCAGGAGGAAGAGAACCCGAUAAAAGAAAUAACAGACAAAAUUAUUGAUCUGGUGAGCAAGCGUGAUGGGAAUAGCACGCUUAUUGCAGCGGUUGCAGAAGUCCGGGUACAGAGGCGACCAAUUAAAAGCAAAACAGAUUUCUUGGUCCCGUUGCUGAGCUCCGUUCUGACCGUGGCUUGGGUCUGCUGUCUGGUCACGGCCUUCUACUGGUGCAUCCGCAAGCGCCGGAAGCAGAGUGCGCACACGCACACGCCGUCGGACGACAACACCACCAACAACGUCCGGGAGCAGCUGAACCAGAUCAAGAACCCCAUUGAGAAGCACGGCGCCAACGCCAUCCCCAUCAAGGACUACGAAAACAAGAACUCCAAGAUUGCCAAAAUAAGGACACACAACUCCGAGGUGGAGGAAGACGACAUGGACAAGCACCAGCAGAAGAGCCGCUUCGCCAAGCAGGCGACCUACACGCUGGUCGACAGAGACGAAAAGCCCCCCAACGGCACGCCCGCAAAGCACCCGAACUGGACAAACAAGCAGGACAACCGGGACUUGGAAAGCGCACAGAGCUUGAACCGCAUGGAGUACAUUGUAUAGCAGGCAGCCGGGCGCCGCCUCCUCCUCCAUACUUACCUGUUGGAGUCAACGCGGAGCUUGUAGUUCUCAAAGCGGUUGUGUAAUAUUUUGAGUCUAAGGCUAUUAUUUGCUUAGAAUCCCUGUGUUAAUUUAAGUUUUGACAAGCUGGCUUACACUGGCAGUGAUAGUUGCUGUGGUUGGCUGGAAUACCAAGCGCUGCAUUCCACAUCUAUGCAAAACUAGUCGAAAGUGCCCCCCCCCCCCGUCAAUUCAGCCGCCGCUGAUGCAUCUCCUGGCAAGGUUUCAUCAAGGUAUCAUGUAGCCUUUUAUUAUUUAGCCUUCCCUCCCCUAGCAAAGAAUUCCUUCCUUCCUUCCUUCCUUCCUCUCUCUCUUUCCCUUCCUUCCUUCCUUCCUUCCUUCCUUCCUUCC